GGGCUUUAAAGAGGAGAGAGAGGGGAAGACAGUGGCGAGAUUUCAAUCAAGUCAACAACACAGAUCAAAUCACAACACAAGAGAAGACUUCAGUAGACUUUGGUCCCUCUCUUCUUACGAAAAUGGCGAAAGGGGACCCCAGGAAGCCCAAGGGCAAGAUGUCUGCUUAUGCCUAUUUCGUUCAGACUUGCCGAGAGGAGCACAAGAAGAAAAGUCCUGAGAUUCCGGUCAGCUUUUCGGAGUUCUCCAAAAGAUGCUCCGGAAGGUGGAAGGCGAUGACUGAUAAAGAGAAAUCCCGGUUUGAAGACAUGGCCAAACAAGAUAAGGUGCGUUAUGAUCAGGAGAUGAUGCAUUACAUGCCAGGAAAGAGAGGCAAAAAGAAGGAUCCCAAUGCCCCCAAGAGACCACCCUCUGGAUUUUUCCUGUUCUGCUCUGAACAUCGUCCUCAAAUCAAGGCUCAGUAUCCCAGCCUGGGCAUCGGAGAUGUGGCCAAAAAACUGGGCGAGAUGUGGAAUGGCCUCACAGAUGCUAACAAACAACCCUUCUUGAUGAAAGCCAACAAGCUGAAGGACAAGUACCAAAAGGAUGUUGCGGACUACAAGACGAAGAGCAAGGCCGGAGGUGUUUCCAUGGGCAUGGGGAUGCCAAUGGCUAACUGUAUGCCUCCCAAACCCAUGAUGAAGAGCAACAUGGACGAUGAAGAAGAUGACGAGGAAGACGAAGAAGAGGAAGAGGAUGAUGACGAAUAUGACGACGACGAAUAGACUCAUUUUUAUUUCUCUCAGUGUGUGUGCGUGUGUGUGUGUGUUACAAUUAUGAUACCUAUUUCCCCAGUAGAUACGGAAUACACUGGUGGUCUUUCAUAGCCCCGUUGUUGUUUUAAUAGAGGUGGAAUGUUUCGUGUGCUGUUGGUUAGAGACCGAAAAACCACCGUUUUUGACCUCCAGCUUCGUGUGUGUGUGAGAGCAUGUGAAGACCUCACUUCAUCACCGUAGCCCGGUGUCUUCCUAGCCCAUGUUUGUAUGCUUUUACCAAUUGUAUAACAAAAAGGCCUUCAAACAAGUAACACCAUACAUUUGUAAAUCCCUUCUAUUUUUCCUUUUCAGUUUAAGAGUGCGUAGCUCUGUAUAUGGUUGAGUAGAUAUCGUUUAUGAUUGUGGUGUGUUGCAUGUGGAAAGGUGUCAUAGUUUGGUAACUGUGCGCCGAUAUCAGACAUUUCAUGCUGAAGCCGUCAUUCUUGUCCAGUUUUAGGAAAAAAGAAAAUCAGUGCAAAAAAGAGCAGUUGCCACCAGCACGUUGGUUAGUUUUGUUGCAGGCGGGUGCGCUAUAUGUCGUUUAUUAUUAUUAGCACAUCCAAGAUCAGUAUAGGAAAGGUAUUUAUAUUAUCUUCCCUAUAAAUAUUAACUGUUGUGUGAUCUAGGAAUGCACUAUAUAUAUAUAUAUAUAUGUAUAAAAGUACAGAUUUGUGUAAAAUGUGGUCAAACGUUAGCGGAAAACAAGUAUGAGCACUCGUAAAAAAAGAAAUAUCUGAACAAAAAAAUUGGCCAAUGUUGAUUUGGUCGCUGAUAUAUCGUGCAUCUCUAGUUUGAUUCUCAUGUUUUGGUUGAAUAUAAAGUAAGACACAAUGCUGAUGAUAAAUCUGUACUUAUCUGUAUCUAUGAUUUUCAUUUUAUAUGUUUGAGGUUUGCAAUUAAAUUGAAACGUUUUUA